GAAGAGUUCAAUCUUACCUAGUUUGGGUAGUGGCUACGGUUAGGAUAGCUCAGAUCAAUCUUCAGCAUAAAAGAACAGCAACGAUCAAUCUUUGCAGACUUAUGCAAAAUGGUACAGCCCAAGUGGCCUUGGUACAAGAACCUUACUUUCGUAAGGGAAAUUUCUAUCUAGGAAACCUUGUGAACCCGGUGUUUGCCACUUUCAGUAAACAUGAAAUGGCAAACUCGCGUGUCAUGCCUCAAGCCUAUGUGCUUGUCAACAACGCAAUAGUUGCUACACUUAUCUCUGAACUAACCACCAGAGAUGUAUGUGCUAUCACAAUUGAUGUAUCUGUUCGAAACCUCAACAGGAAAUACGUCUAUUGUUCUGUGUAUUUACCGCAUGAUGAACCAUCCCCUACGGAUGCUUUCAAACAAGUCAUCGCAUACUGUACUUCAAAAGGCCUUCCGCUAAUUGUUGGCAGUGAUGCUAAUGCUCACCAUAUCAUCUGGGGCAGCUCAGACAUUAACUUGAGAGGCUCCAGUUUGAUGGAGUACUUAAGUAGUACAGAUCUUGCAUUACUUAACAUAGGCAACCGCCCAACCUUCAUGGUAUCUGCUAGAGAGGAAGUGUUAGAUAUAACGCUUUACUCUAGCAGAAUUAGUCACGAGCUGACCAAUUGGCAUGUGUCAGAUGAAGAAUCUUUAUCUGACCAUCGCUAUAUCUUUUUUGAACAUUUAAAUGUUACUUCGCAAACAUUGCGUUUCAGGAAUCCUCGGUCAACAAACUGGGAUCUUUAUACUGAUUUGGUUGCAGCCAAAUUUCAUGGAUACUCACCAUCCAUUGACACUCCAAGUGAUUUAGAUAAUGCCGUUGAUACUACAACGACCUUCAUCAUGGAAGCUUUUGAAGAAGCAUGCCCUCUACGGUCUGUGAAGAUCACAAGAGGAACCCCUUGGUGGAACUCUGAUCUGGCGAAACUCAGGAAACAAUGUAGAAAGAGUUGGAACAGACGACGUUCGGCUGGUUCGGAGGCUUUCAGGAUCAUCACAUCCGUGAUGUUCAUCUGGCCAACGUGCCUCUUCAUGUGAACCAACAUGCCUACCAAUCUGGUAAGUCCACUGUGACUCUUCUACACAAGGUUGUUUACGAUAUCGAGAAAGCAUUCGCUCAAAAGCAAUCUUGUUUGGGUGUUUUCUUAGAUAUCGAGGGUGCCUUUGACAACGUGCCUUUCGAUGCCAUAUUGGAAGCCGCACGGAGUCAUGGUAUAUCUCCAAUGAUUUCCAAUUGGAUUCACCAAAUGCUCAAAAACCGAUA